ACGUCGGUCAAAAGCAUCCAAUCAAGAAUCACAAUUUUAGUGAUACAUCUCUAGCUUAGUUUCUUCUAACUCAAAAUGUCGACAGCACUUCAGAUCCACGCAAGCGGAAUCAAAUUACCGGUCUCACUUAUUCCUUGUACUACCAAACAAAUCUCUAGGGCUAGUAAACGUGUUGGUAGGAUCAGAUGCUCCGCCACCACACCAAAUAAAAAGUACACCAUUGCCGUCCUCCCCGGUGAUGGCAUCGGCACUGAAGUCACUCCAGUUGCCGUCGAAGCUCUCCGCCUCGCUGGCUCUCUCGAAGGAAUUGAUUUCGAGUUUAAGGAGAUGUUGGUCGGUGGUGCCGCUUACGAGGCCACCGGAGUUCCGUUCCCGGAAGAAACCCUAAAAGCAUCUCUUGAGUCCGACGCUGUUUACCUAGGAGCAGUUGGUAUCACCAAAAAGAUGCCGUCGUCGGAUCAUCUACCGAAACAUCUAAGGCCUGAAGUUGGCCUGAUGCGUAUCCGAAGAGCUCUCGGAGUAUAUGCUAAUCUCAGACCCAUCACCGUCUUUCCUCGGUUAUUGGAAGCUUCCUCUUUGAAAAGGAGUGUGACGGAAGAGGUUGACUUUAUGAUCAUAAGAGAGCUCGCUGGAGGUUUGUAUUAUGGAAAGCCAAGAGGCUUUGGAAUCAACGAAAAGGGCGAGGAGACCGGUUUCUGCACCGAGAUUUAUUCCAGUAGCGAGGUUGAUCGUGUCGCUCGAAUUGCAUUUGACAUGGCAAUGGAACGACGUGGCAAAGUCUGCUCAGUCGACAAAGCUACCGUCUUAGAAUCGUCGAGGUUGUGGAGGAAACGAGUGACGAUUAUGUCGGAAGAGUAUCCAGAAGUUGAUCUGUCGCAUAUGCUAGUGGACACAUCUGGCAUGGAGCUGAUUCGGUACCCCAAACAAUUCGACGUACUCUUGACAUCGAAUGUCUUUGGAGAUAUCUUGUCGGAUGUUGCAGCUAUGAUCACCGGCGGCAUUGGAAUGCUUCCCUCCGCCUGCAUCGGAGGCCCGGGACCGCAACUCUUCGAACCUGUUCACGGUUCAGCUCCUGACAUCGAGGGAGAGGACGUAGCAAAUCCACUGGCUGCGGUUCUCACGGCCGUGAUGGUUCUGAGGUAUGGUUUGAAGGAAGAAGCGGUCGCAAAACGCAUAGAAAAUGCUAUUUUUGAUACCUUAAACGAAGGUUUCAGAACGCGUGAUAUUCCCACUCCCGGAGCCAAAAUUGUGGGAUGCAAGAAGAUGGGUGAAGAAAUAUUGAAGUCGCUUUACGUCAGAGUUCCGUCGCAUCAAUUGAACUAGCAUCACAAAACCAACAUCUCAUAGCCUGCCGACAAUUAUCCAUGAACUGAUUGAUCAAUUUUAAUGUCGUUAGUAUUAUUGUGUUGUUGCAUGAAAUAAAACGACACGUCUCAAUGUUGAGACUUGCUUGGUCCUUGUAAAAAUAUCUGUUACUAUGCAUUCAAUAUAUUAUUGGCGUGGUUUAGUUUUAUUUCCC